UGCAGGAAAUACCGUCCUUUUGAUGGAGAUCUUCCCUCUUCUUCUCUAGCUCGCGGUGAUUCGAGCGAGCGAGAGAAAGGAGCAAGAGGAAAUGGAGAAGAUCACGGCCCUGGUGCUAGCGACUGCGGUGGUGAUAGCCUGGAUCGCCCCGCCCGCGCGAGGCGAGGUGAGGAGCUUCCAGUGGAAGGUGGAGUACAUCUACUGGGCUCCGGAUUGCGUGGAGACGGUGGUGAUCGGGAUCAAUGGGCAGUACCCGGGGCCGACGAUCCGCGCCACCGCGGGCGACACCAUCCGCGUGGAGCUGGAGAAUGGAAUGAGCACCGAGGGCCUCGCCAUCCACUGGCAUGGAAUUCGCCAGAUUGGAACUCCCUUCUACGAUGGCGUCCCAUUCGCAUCCCAAUGCCCGAUCAAUCCCGGCGAGACAUUCACAUACGAGUUCGUGGUGGACAGACCAGGAACUUACUUCUAUCACGGGCACUAUGGCUUGCAGCGCUCGGCCGGGCUGUACGGAUCUCUCAUCGUCGACCCCGUGCCGAGCGACGCCGUACCAUUCACUUACGAUGGCGAGCUCAGCAUCGUCCUCAACGACUGGUGGCACCGAUCGAUCUACAGCCAGGAGACGGGCCUGUCGCAGCUGGGCAGCGCGUUUCGAUUCGUGGGCGAGCCCCAGUCGCUGCUGAUCGAGGGUCGCGGUCGCUACAACUGCUCAUUGAUUCCCGCGGCGCCAUCGUCUCCACCCCUGUCGGGCGAUGUAAUGUCGUGUAACAGCUCCCGGCCGCAGUGCGCGAUGCAUGCCCUCGCCGUACGGCCGGGGCUGACGUACCGACUGCGCAUCGCCAGCGUCGCCUCAUUGUCAUCGCUCAACUUUCUCCUUGAGGGUCACAACAUGACGCUGGUGGAAGCCGACGGCCACUACGUUACACCCGUGGAGAUCUCCAACCUCGACAUCUACUCGGGCGAGACAUACUCGGUGCUCGUCACCGCCAACCAAGAUCCAUCGCGCAGCUACUGGGCGGCGGUGAAUGUGCGCGGGAGGAGGCCGGCCACUCCUACAGGCCUCGCGAUCCUGAGCUAUGGCGAUGGAAGCUCGAGCUCGGCGCCACCGAGCACUCCCUCGCCGCAGAGCCCCGCCUGGGACGACUUCGCCUACAGCGUUGCCCAGGCCAGGCGCGUGGUCUCGCGGCCGGGCUUCCAGAUCCCUCUCCCGGAGCGAGCAAACGUUAGACUGAUGCUCCUCUCGACCCAGAACCGGAUCGAUGGCAAGAUCAAGUGGGCGAUCAACAACGUCUCCUACGUCCCGCGCGCCACGCCCGUGAUCGCGGCCUUCCAGUUCAACCUCACCACCGCCUACGAUCUCGCCGCCUCCCCGCCCCGCGAUUUCUCCAGGGGCUACAAGAUCCGGAACGCGCCCCCGAAUCCCAGCGCCAUCCAGGGGAGCGGCGUCUACACCUUCCGCCACAACGACGUGGUGGACGUGGUGCUCCAAAACUCCAACACGCUCGUCCCAAACAACAGCGAGAUCCAUCCCUGGCACUUGCACGGCCACGAUUUCUGGGUUCUUGGGUAUGGCAGCGGGAUCUACCGUCCGCACCGCCACGCCAGCACGCUCAACUUCGUCAACCCGCCAAUGCGCAACACGGUCGCGGUGUUCCCGUACGGGUGGACGUACCUCCGUUUCCGCGCGGACAACCCCGGGGUGUGGGCGUUCCAUUGCCACAUUGAAUCACAUUUCCAUAUGGGAAUGGGGGUCAUGUUUGCCGAGGGCGUUGACCGCCUCCCUCGAAUCCCGGCACAAGCUCUGGGCUGUGGCUACACCAAGGCGCUCUUCACAGCGCCCUAAUUCGAAGUUUAGAUUCUGCCAACUUGGUUUCUAUGCCAAAAUGAAGUGCUUAGUAAAUUGGUUGAACUGGUCCAGGGAGGAGGAGUCUGUGGUGCUGCUA